AGUCUCCUCAUUAUCUCUGCCUCCUUUCCACACAGUCGACUCUUUUUCUCUCUGCAAGUCUAGGGUUUUUCUGAUCCACCAGAGGUUUUUCCCCUGCUUCGAGCGCCGUCUUGGAGAAGCUUUUUCUCGAUAGGCUUUGCAGUGACAGGGACACAGGGUUUGGAUUGAAGCGAAAAACCCUAGCGUUUACGCGUCUUCUCAAGCGAAAAAAUCCUUAAUUUCCACAGAGAAGAAUGGCUAUGGAGAUCACACAGUUCCUUCUGGCUGCCCAGUCAGCCGAUGCAAGAGUCCGUACUGAAGCAGAGGCUAGUCUCAGACAGUUCCAAGAACAAAACUUGCCGCUGUUCUUGUUAUCCUUGUCUUUUGAGCUUGAAAACAAUGAUAAACCUGCUGAAUCCCGUCGACUAGCCGGUAUUCUGCUAAAGAAUUCUCUGGACGCCAAAGAUUCUGCCACAAAAGAUCAUCUGGUGAAACAAUGGUUUGCAAUUGAUGUUGCUCUUAAAUCCCAGAUCAAGGAUCGCUUACUAAGAACUCUUGGUUCAUCUGCCCUAGAGGCAAGGCAUACUUCAGCUCAGGUUAUUGCUAAGGUAGCCUCCAUUGAAAUUCCUCAGAAGCAGUGGCCUGAACUUGUUGGAUCGCUGCUUAACAAUAUGACUCAGCAAGGCAGUCCCGCACACUUGAAGCAAUCAACCUUGGAAACUCUAGGCUAUGUCUGUGAAGAGAUAUCACACCAUGAUCUUGUGCAAGAUGAAGUGAAUUCUGUCCUCACAGCAGUUGUGCAGGGCAUGAACCAGUCUGAAAAUACUGCUGAAGUUCGUCUCGCAGCAACAAAGGCACUGUUAAAUGCCUUGGAUUUCUCUCAGACAAAUUUUGAGAAUGAAAUGGAGAGGAAUUACAUCAUGAAGAUGGUAUGCGAGACAGCAUGUUCCAAGGAGGCAGAGAUCAGGCAAGCUGCUUUCGAGUGCCUUGUGUCCAUUGCAUCCACAUACUAUGAGGUGCUGGAGCACUACAUACAAACACUCUUUGAGCUCACAUCGAAUGCUGUAAAGGGAGAUGAAGAGAGCGUUGCCCUCCAAGCAAUUGAGUUCUGGAGUUCCAUCUGUGAUGAAGAGAUCGACCGUCAAGAGUAUGACAGUCCUGAUAGUGGUGACUCAUCCCCUCCCCACUCCUGUUUCAUAGAGAAGGCUCUUCCCCAUUUAGUUCAAAUGUUGCUAGAAACUCUGCUGAAGCAGGAAGAGGAUCAGGACCAUGACGACGAUGUCUGGAACAUAUCUAUGGCUGGCGGGACAUGCCUUGGCCUGGUUGCUAGAACGGUUGGAGAUGGUGUAGUCCCUCUUGUGAUGCCUUUUGUUGAAAAAAACAUAAGUUCGCCAGAUUGGCGAAGCCGGGAGGCAGCCACUUAUGCUUUUGGAUCAAUUUUGGAGGGCCCAACAAUUGAUAAGCUUGCCCCGAUGGUAGCUGCUGGCUUGGAAUUUCUCCUUAAUGCAACCAAGGAUCAGAAUAACCAUGUCAGGGAUACAACUGCUUGGACUCUGAGCCGUAUCUUUGAAUUUUUGCACCCCAGACAGUGGCUUCUCUGUUAUAUCACCCGAAAACCUCCCUAGAAUUGUGAGUGUAUUACUGGAAUCAAUUAAAGAUGUGCCAAAUGUUGCAGAGAAGGUCUGUGGAGCAAUAUACAAUCUUGCACAGGGAUAUGAAGACUCUGGAGCAAGUUCCUCUCUUCUCUCUCCUUAUCUUACAGAGAUCAUCACACAUCUCCUUGCAGCUGCUGAGCGUACAGAUGGGGCAGAGUCUAAGCUAAGAGGUGCUGCGUAUGAAACCUUGAACGAGGUUGUCCGGUGUUCAAACCUUUCAGAGGCCUCAAGCAUCAUAGCGCAUCUCCUCCCUGCCAUCAUGAAAAAAUUAGCUGAGACAAUGGACCUCCCUAUAAUAUCAACUGAUGACCGUGAGAAGCAAGCGGAACUCCAGGCGUCUCUGUGCGGUGUUCUCCAAGUCAUAAUCCAGAAGCUGAGCAGCAGGGACGAUAUGAAACCUAUCAUAGUGCAAAACGCAGAUGACAUCAUGAGGUUAUUCCUAAGAGUGUUUGGUUGCCAUAGUUCAAGUGUCCACGAAGAAGCCAUGCUUGCAAUCGGUGCUCUUGCCUAUGCGACUGGAACUGAGUUUGUGAAAUACAUGCCCGAGCUUUUUAAAUAUCUCCAGAUGGGGCUGCAGAAUUUCGAAGAAUACCAAGUCUGCUCAAUCACCGUAGGAGUGAUUGGUGACAUAUGCCGUGCGCUGGAUGAAAAAAUCCUACCCUUUUGCGAUCAGAUAAUGGGUCUCCUUAUCCAAAACCUUCAAAGUGGUGCACUCCACAGAUCGGUGAAGCCUCCAAUCUUCUCAUGCUUUGGAGACAUUGCUCUGGCGAUUGGUGCUCAUUUUGAAAGGUAUGUAGCUCCAGCUGUUCAGAUAAUGCAAGGUGCUGCUCAGGUGUGUGCGCAGAUGGACACCCUUGACGAGGAGCUUAUGGAUUAUGCAAACCAACUCCGGAGAAGCAUCUUUGAAGCAUACUCCGGGAUACUGCAAGGGUUCAAGGAUGCAAAGGCUGAGCUCAUGAUGCCCUAUGCUCAACAUCUGUUGCAGUUUGUUGAACUAGUAUCCAAAGAUUCCCUGAGGGAUGAGAGCGUGACAAAAGCCGCGGUUGCAGCAAUGGGUGAUCUUGCGGAUGUUGUAGGGGAGAACACGAAGCAGUUGUUCCAAAACUUCACCUUCUGUGAUGAGUUCCUCAAUGAGUGUCUCGAAUCAGAGGAUGAAGAUCUCAAGGUCACUGCACGCUGGACUCAAGGAAUGAUCGCAAGACUCGUGCUCUAAUCAUAAAUUUAAAGGCUUUUCCAUCAUCACUACUCGUGCGUCUCUCUCUCUCUGUCGUCAUUGUUUUGAGUAAAGGUUUCAAAGAAUAGUUGCGGGUCUUCCUCUUUGCUCUGUCUAAUGAUGUUGGGAUAGUGGUUAAGGGGGGUUUUGGGAAAUUGUUUUGGGGCUAUCUCUGUUUUGAUGCUGCGUCUUAUUUUUUACUCUGUAGAAGAAAAACAAAAUCUUUUCUUUUUUUUUGGUGAAUGGAAUUAUCCACUUAUCGGUGGUCACUUUUUGAGUCAACUUUAUGAUUCUAUGUUUCUUAACGUGAACAAUUUC